AAGUAGGGCCAGGAAUGUUUUUCAAUAAGAAUGUUCCGAUAAAACUUUUCAGUUUGAUCAUUUUUAUAACUACUAUAGAUGCACAAAUAUAUGGAGAUGUAUAUGAGACCUCACGAUCCGAUAUUCAAUUCACGGUACCUGCCAACGAUCCGAAAUGGUUGACGAUUAAUUGGAUUAACUUCCGGAGCCCUGCUGUCCACAUUAUUUUGGCAAACGAUCCCUUAGUACGAACAUUCAGGAAAACAGAUUCCUGGAUUUUCGGAACCCGAUGGAUCUACGAUGUAGGAAAUGGCGAUCAACAAGCUUUGUUUGUAAUUAAACCGAUGAAUUCUUCCGGAACUACUCGAACUGUUUCUUACGAUCCAAAUACCAUGAACAGCGCUAACGUAACGACUGGUUGUUACGGAUACUAUGCCUACAAGGUUGAUCAAACUGGCCAGGUUCUAUCUAGCUUCUGCACCAAAUUGUAUCCCAGCUGGAUGUACGAUCUUAGGUUUCAUUUGGGCAGAUUUCGAAUUCGGGAACUUUUUAUUCCGGGAUCCCAUGAUUCCGCUGCCUAUAAUGAUGGGUCUAUAAAUCCAAACGUUUUCCUAAAUCGCUAUGCCCUGGCCCAAGACGACACGAUUCGUCAACAGCUUUUGAGAGGCGUUCGCUAUCUGGAUCUUAGAAUUGGUUAUGAAAAGUUGUUGAAUCCACAGUUCUGGACCGCACAUGGAGUAGUAAGAUGGCGUCCACUGAUCAACGAUCUGGAACAAGUAAGAAACUUCGCAAAGGAAACUCAGGAAAUCAUCAUCUUAGAUAUGCAUCAGUUCGAAUAUGGAUUGAACAACAGUUCUAUCCAUGAUCAGUUGGUAGAAAUAUUCUACAACACUCUGAGUGACGUUCUGGUUAGCCCCUCGAUUGGAUGGAACGGAACGCUGCAGGAUAUCUGGUCCUCCGGAAGAAAUGUAAUUCUAAGCUACAAUAACAUCGAAGUGGUUAACAAAUAUCCAAAGCUACUGUGGCCGCCCAUAGAACAAAAAUGGGCGAAUGUAAGAGAUGUGAAUUUGUUACUCAGCUACCUAACGGAAGUCCACCGACAACUGGCAGAAAAUAAAACUUCAUUUCAACCGGUAGCGGACAUGGCAGAGCUUACGCCAACAAUAGUGGGAAUCAUCACUGGAACGGAUCUGGAUCUUCGAACCACGGCGGACCAGGUUAAUCCUCGAUUGCAUGACAGAUACUUUGGCGAAUUUUGUUCAACGGCCAACAUUGUUGCCGUGGAUUUUCUUCAAGGGACGAGCGUGGUCGAUGCCGCUAUUCACUGUAAUUUGAAACGAACUCCUCGAAAGUUUACGAAUUAA